AUGGAACCUCCAAAGCCGGCCUCCGCCUAUACACCGGCCCAAUUAACGAAGUAUUUGAACUAUAUCGCUCUACCACACCAAUAUGCACCAUAUAUCAACAACCCGGGAUCAUUCCCCCAAACCGAAGAAGCAUUGAAAGAUCUCUUCCGGUGCCAGAUCACUCGAUUCCCAUACGACAACCUAACAUGUCACUAUUCCGCUACCCAACUAGCAGAGAUCCAACCCCACAGAAUCUACACCAAAGUCAUCGGGUGUGACGACACAACCCCCUCCUGUCGAGGAGGCUACUGUUUGGAACUGAGUAUUUUCUUCCACCAUGUGCUACGUGGCCUAGGAUUCUCGGUGUACCUGACGGGCGUUCGGAACCGGGAACGGAUUGAUGGUAUACCGCAAGGAGAAUUCAAAGGAUGCACAGAAGAAAAACGACUAAACGAUGAACCAAGGACACACAUCGUGAACAUCGUCCGUCUACCUAGCGGUGCAGAGUACCAUCUGGACGCGGCAUUCGGCGGAGACGGGCCAACUAGUCCUUUGCCAUUGAUAUCGGGUCAGAUAACACAGAAUCUGGGCUCUCAGGAAGUGCGAUUGAUUUACGACAACAUGCCGAAACAGACACGCAAAGAGCAGAAGGUCUGGAUAUACCAAUAUCGCAAUAGUGCGGACAAGCCGUGGAAUUCGUUCUAUUCGUUUGCAGAACUGGAGUUUUUUCAAGAAGAUUUCGAAGUGAUCAAUCGAUUUACGAGCUGGGAAGCUGUGGAAAAAUCCAGAUUCGUAGUGGUGAAGUUCAUUCGAAAUGGGGAGACGGCGGGAUUGCCUUUGUUGGAGGGAGAAGUGUUGGAGAAGACGGAUGAUGUUUCUAUCGCUGGGAAGAUCAUGAUGGCUAACAAUGUCAUCAAGUUGAAUAUGGGCGGUAGGACGAGGAUCAUUGAUUCAUUUGAAAGUGAGGAGGGGAGGUUUGAAGCGCUGAAGAAGUGGUUUUCUAUCUAUUUGUAA